UGCAGCACAUAGAAUGCAGCUCUGGAAGCGCAUAAAUAAAUAAAGUUACUCGAAUUGUGGGCCUGCGGUUGCGUUUAUUUUUGUUGCGGUCAAAUGUAAAUAUGAAGUGUGAAUCUCAAAUUGUAAUUCGUCAAGUAAUACAAAUCAUUAACAUAUAUGAAAACUGACAAGAUUGCAUAUUGUUAUUGGCCAAUUGACUACGCAAACGAGAAGCAUCGGCAACGGGCCUCAACAGAAUGGAUGUUGAAAUACCUGUUUUGGCUGGAUAUCUUAAUGUUCCAACACAAACUGGAUUUUCGCUAAAUCGUAUCUCGAAAAAGAAAUCAUGCAGCCGUUAUUGUCUCCUAUUCAAAGCCAGUCGCCAUGGCAUUGCUCGCCUGGAGAUAUGCGAGAAUAAGGAUGACAAGAAUCCAAAGAUCUUUACACUUGAGAAUUGCGUAAAGAUCACACAGGAGCCGCCGCCAGCGAAUCUCAUACAGAUUGUCAAGCGUAAUGUUCAACUUACGCUGAAUACGAAUAGCGAUGAGGAGCUCAAGGAUUGGGUGACAGCACUCCAAACGGUUGCGUUUUGCGACAACAGCGGCCUUCAUGCCGCCCACGGUGCCAUCGAAGAGGAUAAUGAUCUAUAUUGCAGUUCAUUUGUAAGUCACUAAAUUUAACGGAUGAAUGAA